AUGGCAAGAAACGAUAACAACCAAAACCGAGAUGAGGCUCUUUUGGAAUCCAUCCAAACACAAAACCAACAAAACCAGCAACGGUUUGAGAGGAUUGAACGUGUUUUGCUGGAGAUCCAAAGGUCCAUAACCAACGUCCGUGUGGAAGACAAUAGAGACCAUAAUGAGGCCCAACGGGAUCAAACUCACCCCAGAGGAGAGAGGAGGUUUAGACAACCACCAAUAGGCAACGCUGGAGACGUUUCCUCCAGUGACGAUGAACUUGAGAAUGUAGAGAUACCCGAGAAUCAACAAGUGAAGUUGGUGGCCUAUAAAUUACGUGGUGGCGCAUCCGCUUGGUGGGAACAAACUCAAAAUAACCGAAGACGACAAGGCAAGCAACCUGUCCGUGUGUGGCACAAGAUGAAGAGGCUAAUGAGAGCUCGAUUUCUUCCCCCAGAUUAUGAGCAGCUUCUGUAUCAACAAUACCAAAACUGCAGACAAGGCAUAAGGUCUAUUAAUGAAUACACUGAAGAGUUCUAUCGGCUAAACUCUAGGAACAAUCUCUCGGAAACAGAAGGGCAACAAGUAGCCAGGUAUAUUGGAGGAUUACGCAUCACCAUACAAGACAAAGUGACAUUACACACCGUUUGGACUCUCUCGGAAGCAGUCAAUUUGGCAAUGAAGAUUGAAUUACAACUCUCCCGACCACCCACCAGGACACCAAGCUUCUCCCCAACAAGCAAAGGGACUGAACCACCAACUCGGCCGAGUCUACCUCAUGCACCUUCCUCCAGUCAUGAUCCAAAGACGCAAGGCAAUUACCAAGCCCCUAAGCUCAACACCACCACGACAGGGAAUAGGGGGAGCACUGGAAAUAAUCCUUACAGAAGGCCGAUCACCGGUAAGUGUUUUCGUUGCAACCAACCGGGACAUCGCUCCAAAGAAUGCCCCAAUCGAAGAUCCGUUAACAUGGUAGAUGGCAAGGAGUCGACUAAAGAGGAUGAAGAGGAGUCAGAGGAGGAAAGCGAGUUAGUUGAAGGUGACGAGGGUGACUUAGUGAACUGCAUCAUACAGCGGCUCCUUCUGACACCGAAACAUGAGGAUCACUCCCAGAGGCAUGUUAUUUUCAAGACUCGCUGCACCAUUAAUCAGAAGGUUUGCAACUUGAUUAUUGAUAGCGGGAGUUGUGAAAACAUUGUAUCAAGGGCACUGGUUGCUACGUUGAAGCUGCCCACGGAGCAACAUUCCAAACCUUAUAAGAUCAGUUGGAUAAAAAAAGGGGCCGAGACUAAGGUAACUGCCACUUGCCGAAUCCCGUUUUCAAUUGGUAAAAUUUACAAUGAUGUAGUGGACUGCGAUGUGGUGGAAAUGGACGCCUGUCACGUACUGCUAGGAAGGCCAUGGCAGUUUGAUGUGGAUGCCACAUAUAGGGGGCGCGACAACACGUAUACGUUCUGGCGGCACGAACGAAAGGUGACACUACUGCCCGCAGCAGAACAGAGGAAUACACGUCUGAAUUGUCACCAGCCGUGCAGACUUUGCUAG